UUGAUCAGAUCAAUUAUCGCAGUAGUUCCGGUUUCCUAGACCCCACUGUCAUAUGGGAACGGAAUGAUUGCAAUGCAACCGUUUAUUGUGAGCUUAUUCUAAAAAGCAAGAACAAGCAAAAAUCUAAAAGUCAAAUAUUGUUUAUAUUUUUCUUGGCGGAACUGUUGACAAUAUUGUAGCAAAAUUAAUAUCUCAAAAUGGCAUCAGGAUUGGAGGCCUAUAUAAAUCAUACAGUGUCUAUAAUUACCGCAGAUGGGCGAAAUUUUAUUGGUACACUAAAAGGCUUCGAUCAAACAAUAAAUGUCAUCCUCGAUGAGUCGCAUGAGCGAGUCUUCUCUACUACAUCGGGCAUCGAACAAAUUGUGUUGGGACUACAUAUUAUACGUGGUGAUAAUAUAGCUGUAAUUGGUCUCAUAGAUGAUCAAAUUGAUUCACGGCUUGACUUGGGUAACAUACGUGGAGAACCAUUAGGUCCAGUAGUUCAUUAAGGAUUAUUAUCAAUUACAUACAAUAAUAAAGAAAAUACUUAUUCCCAAUUAAAUAAUAAAUCUUUUAUUA